UUACAUUACUUCUACGUAAAGCCGUAUGCCCAGUGCACGCUUGACCACGUUACUAGAGGUAUCUUCUCUGCCCUUCACUGCUUAACAGGAUUUACAAAACCUUGGACCGAUUCUUUUCACGAUGCCUAACUGUCCGAAGUGCAAUAAAGUCGUUUAUUUCGCUGAACGAAAAACUUCUCUGGGUAAGGAUUGGCAUGGCCCCUGUCUGCGAUGUGAAAAAUGCAACAAAACGUUGACACCUGGUGGUCACUCAGAACAUGAGGGAAAACCCUACUGUAAUAAGCCGUGUUAUGCCGCCUUAUUUGGCCCUGGAGGUUUCGGACGAGGUGGUGCCGAAAGUUACGUCUACGAUAAGUGAUAUGUGGUAAUUGAUUCGGAUACGAAUGGCCUGGAUGCUCACUCAUAAUUUCAUUUUAUGUUGAAGGAUUAAUUUUUUUUAAAUAAAUACUAUAUUUUCAUUCA